GCCGCCCAAGAAAGACAAAGGCUAAACGAUGCACCACACUUGUUAUCAUAAGGUGGUUAUGCAAAACUGGAAAAGAAACUUAGAAAGUCUAGAGCGGAUGCCUUGGGACUUGAGUCGCCGGACCUAGCACCUGCACCUGCUAGGUACGAGGAUUGGAAGGCUGCUCGGACUAAAUCUGAUGGGAACAUGACAUCUUCCUCAGCUGCUUUGAUCUCACAGAGAAUUGAUGAGUUGGUUGAGCAGCAGACUCAAGGCACAUUUGUUGGCCAAGGUAGGGACGGCAUUCUAACAACGGCCAUUGGAAGGCCCGAGCACCCAGGACGUGUACGUGGAGUUCCUGGGGCGAUUGGUCUUCAUGACUACUUUGGCCCUACACAGAAAACCCCAACAUCAAUGAGUUAGGAGACACUGAGGCAGAUGGAUCUUCAGUGGGAGGAAAGGCUCAACCAAAGCAUGAGAUCAAUGGAGCAACGAUUCAUGGAGCAGCUACAAGAAUAAAAAGAAAUACAAAAAACGCUUGAAGAGAAGCUGCAUUCCAUGACACAAGGCAACAUGGGGACCGCUGAAACUCCCACACCACCUCGUGUCAGCACUAGAGGAUCAUGCUCUGCUGUAGAACCCACUCAGUAUAGCAGUCAAUAUGAGUUGUUGGUUGAUGGGGAUCCCCCACGCAUUGUGGCUGUCGGACGAGUGCUUGAGGGAGGGCAGACUAUUCAUGGUGUUCCCAUAUUAUCCCAACACGUGCGUGUGACGAUUGACGAGGUUCGGGAUCCCCAGGCUCAGGUGCCUGUACCCACUCCAGAAAUUAACUUUGUGGGGGAGGCCAUAGGAUCAUUUAUAGCUUGGCCUAGAGCAUUGAUCAUGUCACACAUCGCUACUCCACAGUUCACAUGUCCUCAGAAGCAGCCAAUUCAUGAUACAGUCAUACAUGAAGAUGAUGACAUGGCUGAAGCGGAGGAUGAUCCUCUAUCAAAGCUAAUGACAACAUUACCUAGGUUGAAGAAAGCAUCAUCAGAACUAUAUUGGGAUUUGAGAGUAUUUGGUCUUCCCCCACAUGUGCCAGUAUAUAUCACAUUCUCUGAUGCAUUGGAGGUGAUUGGGGGAGACAGGAUGUUGAAUAUUUCCAUCAUUCAACUGUGGUGCAUGUACAUGGACACAAUCGUUGUAGACCAAGGUCAGUCUUCCAUGUACGGAUUUGUUGAACCCCAGACCAUUCAACUGUCUGGUAACACACUUCAAAACAGACAACAUUAUUUGCAAACAUGGAUGGAUGAGUCAAAAAGAGACGUAUACCUUGUGCCAUACAUUGAUGGGUUGCACUGGCAGCUGAUGGUCAUCAUUCCCAAAGCAUGUAAAAUUAUAUGGUUUUGUUCGUUGUAUAGGAAGAUGAAAAAUGACUUGAGAACAAUGCUUCAAGGAGUUAUUGGUAAAUCUCGUGGUCAACUGGUUCAAAUUUUGUAUCCAAAGAGUAACCAGUAGCUAGAUUCAUGGGAAUGUGGCUUCUAUGUGAUGUGUUGGAUUAAGACCAUCAUUCGAGCUGUCAUUACAGAUGACUGG